UGUCCCGGCCCAAUGAGUCGCCUGCAACUGUAAUCGAGUGGUUGGGCUUGGGCCCGAGGGCCUAUCGGCCAUUCAUCAUCACCGUCUCUCUUUGCCUGGGCCGCUCCAAUGUGACAUGACCUGAUGUGACGCGACGUGAUACGAUCCCACCGCGCGGCGCGGAGCACACGGGUGGCUAGUAGUGUAGUAGGGCCGGCAGGGCAUCUUUUCUGUGGGCCUGUGGCUGGUGCAGGGAGAGAGAUGAGGUACCGGCGCUGAGUCGCUGACGGGUGGGGCCCGGGUCGGUGCCGAAGGAGGGGGUGGGGUGGUGGCGCGUCCAUCCCACGCGACUCUCCCACACAAAUACCAUCACCUUCGCUACCAUUGCUUCACCAUCACCACCACCCCGCGGCUGCAGCUCAGCAGCUCCAGACCUCACCAGAGGCACCUACCACACCGCCCGCCGCCGAUCCCGUCACCCGUCUCCUCCCCGCUGCGGAGCGUCUCCAGCCCUGCCCGGUGCCCGCCCAGAUGGCAAACGCGGCGUCAGGGAUGGCCGUGGACGACGACUGCAAGCGCCGGUUCCUGGAGCUCAAGGCCAAGAGGACGCACCGCUUCAUCAUCUACAGGAUCGACGAGAAGAAGAAGAUGGUGGUGGUGGAGCAGGUGGGCAAGCCCGUGCUCGGCUACGACGACUUCGCCGCCAGCCUCCCCGCCAACGAGUGCAGGUACGCCAUCUUCGACUACGACUUCGUCACCGAGGAGAACUGCCAGAAGAGCAAGAUCUUCUUCAUCGCCUGGUCUCCUGACACGGCGCGCGUGAGGAGCAAGAUGAUCUACGCCAGCUCCAAGGAGAGGUUCAAGCGGGAGCUGGACGGCAUUCAGGUGGAUCUCCAGGCCACCGACUCCGCCGAGGUUGGCCUUGACGUCAUCCAGGGCCGUGCAAGCUGAGGAUGCCCAGCGAUGAACUGCCCAUGCCAGAGGAUGUAUGAGCAUCAUCAGUUCAGAUGAGAACUUGACUGGGCGGGCUAUGUAAAAACUGCAUCCACCGCAGUGAUGAAAUCAAUCUAAUCAAUCUACCACCCCCUUCAGCGUGCGUGUUCUUGCUACAUAUCAACAACAGCAUUAUGAUGGUGGAAUUCUGGUAAUCAGAAUUUCUUGAUGAUCCA